AAGGAAAUUAGGUUGCUUUGGUGUAAUCUGUUCUUUUUACGGUGUUUUCUUCUCCCCAUCUUGGCACUUUGAAAUGCUAUGCAAGUAGACAAAAGUAUAGGCUUAUUAUACAGAUAAUGGCUUCCACAGAUUAUCACGCAAAUCUUCCAUGCUUGCUGUUUUUCAGCUAACAUUUUCCACUUUUCUUUUGUAAUCUGUGCAAGCAGUAAUGUUGCCCCUGCCACUUCUGUACAGUUGGCUCCGUAUGAGCUUGAAGCAUCCGUAAAGGUGAAGGCUGCAGGCACCCCAGCAGGAUGCAGCAGUCACCAGGACUUUGUUUGUCCAUCAAGCUGGUUGUGCCUGUGUUGAUCUUCUUGGACAGAGCAUCCUGAAGAGCUCUGCGAGGAGAAGAGGCCACAGCAAAGCCCAGGAGGAUGAAGAGACACACGUGUCCCUGCAAAUGUCCCUCACGAAGGAAGAUCCUGAUCCUGUGUCUUACGGGGUGGCUGAUAGCACUGCUGAAGCUCCUCCAUGUUGAAAGACACUUUCUUCCCUCUAAGGGCAUUUAUUUGGUUGAGCCCUUCUUAAGCACUUCUUCUUAUGUUAGAAACAGGUAUUCCUACCUAAGAAACGAGUUCCAGUAUGAAAUUAAUUGCUCGUCUAUAUUUGAACAAGAUCCCCAUGAAAUUGGCAAGAGUUUAGAGAUAAGAAGAAAGGAGAUAAUAGAUUUAACUGAUGAAGAUGUUGUCGCAAUGACAAGUGCUUGCCAUGUGUAUCGUUCUCUUAGGAAAUAUGACCUAAAGCCUGUUUCUCCAGAGGAGGAGAGUUUUCCAAUUGCCUACUCUUUGGUUGUUCACAAAGAUGCAGUAAUGGUAGAAAGACUCAUACAUUCACUGUACAGUCAUCAAAAUAUUUACUGCAUCCAUUAUGACCAAAAAGCAGCAAAAAGCUUCAAAUCUGCUCUGAACAAUCUAGCUAAAUGUUUCCCCAAUAUUUUCAUUGCAUCAAAAUUGGAGAGAGUGGACUAUGCACAUAUUUCACGGCUGCAAGCUGAUUUCAAUUGUUUGUCUGAUUUGAUAGAGUCUCCCGUUCCCUGGAAGUAUGUUAUUAAUUUGUGUGGCCAAGAUUUCCCUUUGAGGUCAAAUUUUGAGUUGGUGGUUGAACUGAAGAAACUCCAUGGAGGAAACAUGCUGGAAACUAUAAAGCCGAGCAGUAGCAAAAAAGAACGAUUUACUUAUCAUUAUGAACUUAUGAAAGUGCCUUAUGAAUAUGUGCAGAUGCCUAUAAAAACCAACAUUUCCAAGGAUCUGCCACCUCAUAAUAUCGAGGUAUUUGUAGGCAGUGCCUAUUUUGUUUUAAGCAGAGAAUUUAUUCAAUAUACUCUUAGAAGCUCUCUUGCAAAGGAUUUUUUUGAGUGGUCAAGGGAUACAUACUCUCCAGAUGAGCAUUUCUGGGCCACUCUUGUACGUGUUCCUGGGGUCCCUGGGGAAGUUCCAAGGUCAGCCGAGGACAUAACAGACCUACAAAGCAAAACUCGUCUGGUGAAAUGGAAUUAUCUCGAAGAACAUUUAUAUCCUCCCUGCACUGGUACCCACCUUCGCAGUGUGUGCAUCUACGGGGCUGCAGAAUUAAGAUGGCUUCUGAAAUAUGGACACUGGUUUGCCAACAAGUUUGACUCCAAAGUGGACCCUGUCCUGGUAAAAUGCUUGUCAGAAAAGCUGGCAGAACAACAGAAAGAGUGGGUAUAUUUGUCGUCUGAUAAAUACUUUCUGCACAUAAAUUCUAUGAACGCCUCGCUAUAAGCAGCACUGUCUUCCCUACUGUCAGUACUGUGUGCUGUUAUGGCACAGCACAUGAAGUUCCUCUGCCUUGCCCUGCUGCAGGUAUGGGCAAGCAACAUCUGUUCUGCCUGAAGUUCAGGGCCCUGGAGAAAGAGGAGGCUGGCCAUUUAUUUAUAAAAAGUCAUGCCUCUCUGAUUAACUGUGUUGUAGAUUGCCACAAUAAUUCUGUAAGUGUUCUUCAGGGUGAUUCUGAGAGGGUGAGGUUUGCUUUUGGAAGCUCUGGUGCUGUCUGUCCCAGUGGAAUAUUUCAGAGAUGUGUUUUGCAUCAAGUGUGUUUGUGUUUUUCUAGGAAAAUCCAACACAUCUGUCUGCCUGGUUCGUUUUUCUUCACUUUUGUUUUUCCUAAAGGUAUGAAACAAAGACCUCUCUAUCUGCUACCUCAGGAAAACUGGAAGUACCCACCUCAUGGACAAAACCAUGAGGUCAACAUGACACCAAAUGAGCCAUGUGCCCUCAUCUGAAGUCCCAAACAUCCCAUCUGUGGGAGCUAACAAAGAUCUUUGCAAUGUGAAUAUGACUGGACAAUAUAAGGGAAAGAUCCUCAGAUACCACAGUGGCCAUAGUGUUGUUCUCCCAGCACAUCUGUGCAUUGCUUUUCCUUCUGUGAAACACAUGCUUGGGUGCUAUACCUUGCCUAUGAAACUGGUGGUGGUUGAAACAGAA